AUGACUGCAGGCAAGAUUCUGGUCACGGGUGCGGGAGGACACCUCGGUGGUAUAACACUUGAUCUACUUGUCGAAAAACUGCCGGCUUCGCAGCUUGCCGCCAUCUCGCGAGACCCUGCCAAUAAGCUCAAGCGCUUUGCCGACAAGGGAGUUUCGACAUACAAGGCUGACUACAAUGACUAUGAUGCGCUUCUCGCCGCAUUCCAGGGCAUUGAAAAGAUCAUGAUGAUUGGUGCGCAUGCUUUCACGGAUCGCAUUCGGCAGCACUAUAAUGUAGUCACUGCCGCAAGGCAAGCCGGCGUCAAGCACGUCGUCUACACUUCGGUGCAGCGCCAGGAGGGUGCUGGCAUUGCCAUGUGGGACGUCACAGAGAGUGAUACGUUUACUGAACAGGCUUUGAAAGCCAGUGGAAUGGACUACACUAUCAUGAUGCAGCCGCCCUUUUUGGAGACGUUUUUCCUUUACAUCAGCUCCAACGCCCUCGAAGAAGGAAUCAAUGUUCCCUUUGGCAAAGGCAAGUUUGCGCCCGUGACACGCGAUGAUCUCGCGGCGGCCAAUGUCACUGUGCUGACGGAGGAGGGACAUGCGAAUAAGACGUAUAAGCUGAGUGGCAACGAGGCGUUUUCUUUUGCGGAGAUUGCCGAAAUCUUGGGUCAGGCCAAGGGUCAGAAAGUGUCUUCCAGGAACAUUAGCGAGGAAGACUAUCUCGAGUGGAAAGGGUUCGAGGGCCAGCCUGAGCAAUUGCCACAAUUCCGUCUCGCCUGGGUUCGCGCGAUGAAUGCUGGUAAUUUCGCGGAGACAACGGGCGACUUGGAGAGAUUGAUUGGCCGCAAGCCAACAGAGUUCCGGGAUUACGUGAGCUCGAAUUAUCCUCCUACUCAGGGACUUUUUUGA